ACGUGUAGGCGCUGAUAACGAUAAAUGAACAGUGACAGACAGGGAGGGAACAUAAAACGGUCACCAAAUAUCAGUGCUUCCUAAAGAGAACGUCAGAAACCAUGCUACGACUCCUGUGUCUGUUGGCAGUAUUGACAGUGCCUAUAGGCGCCUAUCGCCGCGUUUGUUACCAUACUAACUGGUCACAGUACAGACAAAAGCCAGGUAAAUUCUUUCCAGAAAACAUCGACGCUUCUCUAUGUACACAUAUCGUCUAUGCAUUUGCAAACCUCAACGGAAAUCACUUGAAGGCCUACGAGUGGAACGACGAAAGUACUCCGUGGUCAAAAGGCUUGUACGAGCGGUUUAAUAACCUCAAACAACAGAACCCAUCAUUGAAGACUCUACUAGCGGUAGGAGGCUGGAGUAUGGGGACAGCACCCUUUACCAGGAUGGUAUCUACCGAUGCAAAUCGACGAGACUUUGCUACAGAUACAGUCACAUUCCUGCGGAAACACAAUUUUGACGGCCUUGACCUUGACUGGGAAUAUCCAGCCAACAGAGGAAGUCCUCCCCAAGACAAACAAAACUUCGUUGAUCUCGUCAAGACAAUACGUCAGACUUUCAAUGCUGAUGCCGCUGCGUCUGGUCAGACGCGACUUUUGUUGACCGCUGCUGUGGGUGCAGGCAAGGCGAAGAUCGACUCGGGUUACGAUAUCCCCCAGCUAAUCAAGUAUCUUGAUAUGAUGAACUUGAUGACCUAUGACCUCCAUGGCGCGUUCGAAGACCACACCGGUCACAACAGUCCACUAAAAGCAAGCCCAACGGAAACGGGCAAUGACGCCACCCUGAAUAUGGAAUGGGCUGCCCAUGAAUAUGUAAGAAAAGGAGUACCGAAGAGCAUGCUGAACAUCGGAAUGGCUCUGUACGGCCGUUCUUUUACACUGAAGGAUCCUAACAACAAUGGUGUAAAUGCGCCAGCUCGGGGAGGAGGCAAUGCCGGGCACUACACAAUGGAAGCAGGCUUCUUGGCUUACUAUGAGAUCUGUAAAAUGAUCCCCAAUUCCCAGAAACACAUCAUACAGGGGCAGGAAGUACCUUACAUUGUCCAGGGCAACCAAUGGGUAGGCUAUGAUGACCAGCAAAGUCUCAUUAAAAAGGUAGACUUCGUGAAACAGGAGCAGUUUGGUGGUGUUAUGGUUUGGGAUCUAUCUUUAGACGAUUUCAGUGGAUCAUGUGGACAAGGAAAGUAUCCUCUUUUGACCGCAAUUAAUGACGAAUUGGCAGGGUCAGGAGUUAUCAUCACCGGCCCACAGACACAUGCACCCGUGACCACUCGGCCAACAGUUGCAACGCUGUCACCCGUUCAUACCACACCAGUGGCUGUUAUACCCCAAACAAAUACUCCUGUCCAUGUCACUUCCGGCCCUCAGACAACAACAUCCGCUCCUCAUACAGUCUCCACCUCAAACAACUUCAAAUGUUCAGGAAGAAAUCCCAGUUUUUACCCUAGUCCCAGUGACUGUUCAAAGUACUUUAUCUGCGCCGGUGGGUCAGCAUUUGAAGUAGCAUGCACACCAGGACUUUUGUUUAACCCGUCCACCUCAUUUUGUGACUGGCCAAGAAAUGUUCACUGUAAUAUAAGUCAGCCACCUUCUUCACAACCACCGGCAGUGACACAGAAGCCGGUCAUUUCAACGAUGUCUCCCAUUACAAACUCACCAUCAACGAGCAUGCCGCUCCAAACAUCACAACCAGUUGUCACUCCACAGCCAACAAACGCACCAAUUACUGGCUCGCAAACUACAAAAACACCAGCAAAACUCAACAUCAACAGUGUAUGUGUUGGAAAAACCGACGGGUACUUUCUCGAUCCACAAGACUGUAAGUUUUUCUACCAAUGUUCAUUCGGCCUAGCUUUCCGACAGCCGUGUCCUCCAGGUCUCAGUUUCAACGUGAACAUUCAGGCAUGUGACUUCAGAAGCAAAGUGCCCAGCUGUGCGCACUAUGUUGGCUAAAAAGAAGUGAUUGUGUUGAUUAUUAAAGUUUCUUUUUAAUAUGACCAA